AUGAAAGAUCAUCAGUUCAAGCACACAAAUGACCAGAGAAGAGCCUCUUUGGUCUACUCCCAGGGGAAGCCAGCUCUCUAUUCCCCUCAAGACUUUUUUAUAAAACGAAUCAUUGACGUUGAUAAUGAGGGUGAUGAAGAGGAACAAGUUGAAACAAGACCUUUAUUACAAGAAGACCCAUAUUUCUAUACAGAAGAGUCAUCAAACCGUCGUUCUCGUGAGCUAUUAUCCGAAGAACGUAACUUAUUACAAAACAACAAUCUAAUCACAGAAGAUUCAAAUAGUGAUAUCAUACCAUCAACUUGGGAAACUGCUGUUAAAAAUGGAUUAUUGAAAACUUCACAUCAUUUAGAAAUCAAUGCCUUAACUAAAUCCGCAUUACCUUUAGUUAUAACUUUUCUUUUACAAAACUCAUUAUCCCUUGCCUCAAUUUUCUCUGUUGGUCAUAUUGGGAAAGCUGAAUUAGCUGGUAUUACAUUAGGUUCAAUGACUGCAAAUAUAACAGGUUUUGCAGCAAUUCAAGGGUUAACUACAUGUUUAGAUACUUUAUGCUCCCAAGCUUUUGGUGCAGGGAAAUUUGAAUUAGUUGGGUUACAAUUUAUUAGAUGUGCAAUUUUCGCUAUAACUUGUUUUAUACCAAUUUCUAUAAUAUGGGUAUGGUUUUCCACAAAUUUAUUAAGUUUAAUGGUUAAAGAUUAUGAAUUAGUUUUAAUCGCUGCUAAAUAUUUACAAAUUGUUAGUAUUGGUAUGCCAGGUUUCAUAUUAUUUGAAUGUGGUAAAAGAUUUUUACAAUGUCAAGGUGUUUUCCAUGCAUCCACUUAUGUUUUAUUAGUUUGUGCCCCAUUAAAUGCAUUAUUAAACUGGGUUUUAGUUUGGAAAUUCGAAUUAGGUUACAUUGGUGCCCCAAUUGCAAUCACUAUAAAUUAUUGGUUAAUGCCAUUAGGUUUAUUAUGUUAUACAAUUUAUGAUCAAAAAGUUUUAAAAUGUUGGCCACAAAAUUUCCAAAUUAAUCAAGCUUUUACAAAUUGGUCCAAAAUGAUCCAUUUAGCGUUGCCUGGUGUUGUUAUGGUGGAGGCUGAAUUCCUUGGAUUUGAAAUUGUUACAUUAAUGGCUUCAAGAUUAGGUACUACAGAAUUGGCAUCUCAAAGUGUCGUUUGUUCAAUUGCCGCAUUAGCUUAUCAAGUUCCUUUUAGUGUUUCCAUUGCCACCGCAACAAGAGUUGCUAAUUAUAUUGGUGCUUCUUUAGUCGUGAAUGCUAAAAAAUGUUGUACUGCAUCAAUGAAUCUUGGUUUAAUUAUUGGGAUUAUAAAUAGUUUAAUUAUUUUGAAAUUUCGUUAUCAAAUUACAAGUUUUUUCACAAAUGAUGAAGAAGUUAUAUCAAAAGUUGCAGGAGUGUUACCAUUGUUAUCAAUUAUGGAAAUCAUUGAUUGUUUAAAUGCAUGUUCUGCAGGUUGUUUACGUGGUCAAGGUGUUCAAAAAAUUGGUUCAUAUAUUAAUAUUUUUUCAUUUUAUGUUGUUGGAUUACCAAUUUCUUACAUUAUGACUUUCAAAUAUGAUAUGAAUAUUGCCGGUUUAUGGAUUGGUAUUAUAUCUGGAUUAAUUUCAAUGUGUUUAUUACAAUUUUAUAUCGUCUUUAUCGGUGCUGAUUGGGAUAAAAUUGUUGUUGAUGCCAGAAAAAGAAAUGAAGAGUAA